CAGAGCUUUGAGGAGGGAUCCAGCAAGGCGGUACUAUCACAGAGCCCGGAUGGGAAGCCGCAGGUGCUGCCUUCACUUGGGACUGACCGCUACAUAAGCCAGAAGGGGGUCCCAGUCCUGGGGAUGCUGGUGCAGGGUUCUGCGGGCCUGGUUGACUUUGGAAGGACCCAGAGCGAGCCAGUAGCUGGUCCUCAGGUGGCGUGGGCAAAAAUUAUUUCUUUUUGGGAGACGGGGAAGACAAGGCCACCUAUAACCGCCUUUUCAAAUCUGGAGGCCUGAGAGGAGGUAACCGGGACAAACUACAACUCCCAGAAGCCUCUGCUCUCUGGAGUCAAGGAUGGUUGUCAUGGUUUCAGAAAACAAUAUGGCCUCUCCCAGCUGGGACGGGAGUCUCCGGGUUAGAGAGGCAGAAGCGGGUCUGGACGCCCUCGGCGGCGAGGGAGGAGACGCUUGAGCGGCCGUGAGUUUGGGACUGGACGCUGCCCGGCUGGAUCAGCCUGCCUUUGCCGAGGGUGCCAAUGGCGGGCAGUGUGGACGAGGAGGCGCUGCACCAGCUGUACCUGUGGAUAGACAACAUCCCUCUGUCCCGGCCCAAGAGAAAUCUCUCCCGGGACUUCAGUGACGGAGUUCUGGUUGCAGAAGUCAUCAAGUUUUACUUCCCCAAGAUGGUGGAGAUGCACAAUUAUGUCCCUGCCAACUCUCUCCAGCAGAAGCUCAGCAACUGGGGUCACCUGAACAGGAAGGUGCUGAACAAGCUGAAUUUCUCGGUGCCGGAGGACGUGAUGCACCAGAUUGUGCAGUGCACCCCCGGCGUGGUGGAGUUGGUGCUCAUUCCACUGAGGCAGCGCCUGGAGGAGCGGCGGAGACGCAGGAAGCAGGGCUCGGGCUCCUUACAGGAGCUGGUUCCCCAGGACGGCAGUGGUUACAUGGAUGUGGGUUUGUCCCAGAAGCCCCGAGGGGAAGGUGCCCAGGACACCCAGGGAGGCGGGCAGCUCAGGGGGGGCCGGCAGCCGGUGCCCCGGCGUCCUGGGUAUAGCCAGGUGCUGCACGGCGACCCGAGCGUCAUCCUCCAGAUUGCCGAGAAGGAGCAGGAGUUGUUGGCCUCGCAGGAGACUGUGCAGGUCCUGCAGAUGAAGGUGCGGCGCUUGGAGCACCUGCUCCAGCUCAAGAACGUGCGCAUCGACGACCUCUCCCGCCGGCUGCAGCAGGCGGAACGGAAGCAGCGGUGAGCUGAGCAGCUGCUCAGGACGCAGGGAUGCCCCAGUGUCUGCCAGAGCCCUGAAAAGGCCGACACACCCACAGAACAGCCCAUGCACCCACAGAGCGCGGACUAACGGGCGGGAAGGGGGCGGGUCCAGCUGCUCCUAAGAGCCUCCGGGAGCCCCUCCCUCGGGGUGAGGGUGAGCAUGGUGGGUGGGCGGUGGGACAGGAGCCCUUACGUCUGAGCACGGAACUGAGCCACCUCCUCCCACUCCAUCCGGAUCAGGAGAAUGGACCACUUUCCAGAACCCAGAAACCGUGUGCGGAGGCCUGGUGUGUACCCCAAAGCAGUGAGAGACACCAGGCGCUCUGCUUUGGAGCUCCCUGUGCUGGGCUUUGGGGGAUGGUCCCCCCACUGGGUCCGCACCACUAGAACCGGGUCCCCAUCCAGCUGUGAGAACAGUGAUGUCUCCAUCUAGUUCUUUGUGCCCUGGGCCAUUGGGGAAGCUGAGGGAGUCCCUGGCCUCUCCUGUGCUCACCUGGGACCCAUCUGGAGGCUGGAGGAGGGCAGCUGCUGGAGAGGAAGGGAGGAGGAGGGGUUCAGCCAUGUGUGGGGAAGACAUCGGCUGUGCCUAUACCAAAUCGCCCUCCCCUCCCAUGAGGUAGAGUUGAGAAUAUUUAGGGUAUAUGGGACAAGGCUGCCCCCAUUAAAAGCAGUGUGUUCUCUCUCUUGUGCUAACCUUCUCUCUCUGCCUGGAUCCUGGUGGGCAGUGAGGUCCUGCCUCCCUUUUGUUGCACCCUUCACCCCUUGAGGGCCUUUUAUGCCCAGAAUGGGUCUUGCCUUGUGGGCAGCUGGGCCCUGGGUGGCCACUGCUUUGUAGGCUGAUGAUACUACAUUAUCAGGUCUUCUGCACUAGGAGAGUCUGACUUCUAACUCUGGCCUUACUAGACUGACCCCCAAAUCCACCCUCACACUCUCCUCCAUCUCUGUCCAAACCCACAUUUCAGAUUCUCUCCAAAUGUAGCCACAUACUCACCCUAAACCAUGCCCGUGGACUGACUCCUAAAUAUGUCCUCUGUGUGACUCAACCCUGCUCACAGACUGAUCCCAAGUUUUAUGGACUGAAGACAAGCUUAACUCCCAACCCUGACUGAGACACCAUGGCCAGGGUGUGACCCUAACUCUGACCAGUAACAUUGAACAUUUGUAAAUCCUAAACCUCCUACAAUUCUGUUCCUAGGCAUAUAUGCAGCAUAUACCCAGGAGAAACUUAAGCUUCGCGUUCUGUGUUCUGGGACAUAUGUAUAGCAAUGUUCAUAGCAACACAUUUUGUAAUAGCAAAAGAACUGUUAUCUGUUACUGUGUAACAAAUCACCGCACACCUAAAGGCUUAAAACAGCAUUUAUUAUCUCAUAUUUUCUGUUGCUCAAGAGUCCAGGGAUGGCUUAGCUGGGUCCUCUGCCUCAGGGUUUCUCACAAGGCUGCAAUCAAAUUGUUAACCAGAGGUGUAGUCUUAUCUGAAGGCUUGACUGGGGAGGGACUCACUUCUAAGUUCAUCUGGUUGUUGACAGAGUCCAGUUUCUUGUGGACUGUUCGAGUGAGGGCUUCAGUUUCUUGCUGGUUGUUGGCUGGUGGCUGCCCUCAUUUCCUCGUCAUCCAGCAAGGGAGAGAGUUAGAUGCUAGCAAGGUGGAAGUUAUAGUCUUAUCUAAUGCAAUUACAGAAGUGACAUCCAUCACAUCUGUCAUAUUCUAUGUAUUUGAAAUAAGUCACUAGAUCCAGCCAACAUUCAAGGGGAGAGGAACACAUAGGUUUGAAUACCAGGAGGGAGAGAUCAAUGGGAGCCAUUUUAGAAGCUGGCUAUAAGGAGGAAAAAGCAACAGAAGAUGAAAUCUAGGAUAGGGGUUGCUUCUGAGAGAAAGCAGAGGGCAGAGAUGCAAGAGGCACAUUAGUAGAUAUAAGUUAUUUGUAAUGUUUUAGUUCUUGGGGCAAGUGGUGGGUUUACAAGUGUUCACAAAUGGGCUGUUUAUGGACAACUGGGGAGAAAGUGUGAGGUUAUUUAUUGUUCUGAACCAUUAAA